CAUGCUCAAAUCCACAUGCUUGGACGAGUAGAGAAAACAGAGAUAUUUUGUUUUGACUUUUCCACCCACACUGAAAUUUUUUUUCAGACAAGACUGCGCUUAGUUUUUGUAUGCUCAGCUAGCUCAACCCAAAAACUUAGUUCGAUCUCUUUCUAUUUGGUGUUCGAGUGUAGUGUGUACGAGUUUGGAAGAAGCAAGCAAGCUAUCAGCUAUGGCAGUUGGGUUAUCCAUAACAAGUGAAGGCGGGCAAUAUAAUGGGAAGAUGACCCGCUUUGUCGUCCUAUCUUGUGUGGUUGCUGCCACGGGAGGUCUUCUCUUUGGCUACGACAUUGGAGUUUCAGGUGGAGUGACCUCUAUGGAGCCAUUUCUGAAGAAGUUCUUCCCAGAAGUGUACAGUAAGAUGAAAGAAGACACAAAGAUUAGCAACUACUGCAAAUUUGACAGCCAACUUCUGACCUCCUUCACAUCCUCACUCUAUAUCGCUGGCCUCGUUGCUUCCUUAUUCGCCUCAUCAAUCACUAGAGCCUUUGGGCGCAAGCCAUCAAUUCUUGUAGGAGGCACUGCAUUCCUUGCUGGUUCAGCCCUUAAUGGUGCAGCUUUUAAUGUGUACAUGCUUAUAUUUGGUCGCAUUUUGCUUGGAAUUGGUGUUGGUUUUGCCAACCAGUCAGUCCCUUUGUAUCUCUCAGAAAUGGCACCACCAAACUACAGAGGAGCAACUAACAUUGGCUUCCAACUCUGCGUUGGCAUAGGUGUCCUGUCAGCUAAUCUCAUCAACUUUGGUACAGAGAAGAUUAAGGGUGGCUGGGGGUGGCGAAUCUCCCUAGCCAUGGCUGCACUCCCAGCUUCACUCCUUACAAUAGGUGCACUAUUUCUCCCCGAGACACCCAAUAGCCUAAUCCAGAACAGCAAAGACCAUGAAAAGGCCAAGCUAAUGCUUCAACGUGUCCGAGGCACCGAUGAUGUCCAAAAAGAACUGGACGAUCUCAUCAGAGCAAGUGCCAUAUCAAAAUCCAUUAACCACCCAUUCAAGAAAAUCAUACAGAAAAAGUAUAGGCCUCAACUGGUGAUGGCAAUAGCAAUUCCAUUUUUCCAACAAGUAACUGGAAUAAACGUCAUCUCCUUCUAUGCUCCACUACUUUUUCGAACAAUUGGCUUCUGUGAAAGUGCUUCACUUUUGUCCUCCUUCAUAAUCGCCGGGGUUUUGGGUACUUGCGCAACCUUCGUAUCCAUGCUUUUAGUGGAUAAACUUGGCAGAAGAGCUCUGUUCACAAUUGGGGGAAUUCAGAUGUUUCUCUCACAAGCCAUGGUUGGUGGGCUGAUGGCAGCUGAACUUGGAGAUUAUGGUGGGAUGAGCAAAGGGUAUGCAAGUUUGGUCAUAUUUUUUAUCUGUAUAUAUGUUUCUGGGUUUGCUUGGUCUUGGGGGCCGCUAGGAUGGUUGGUUCCAAGUGAGAUUUUUCCUCUGGAAAUUCGAUCAGCAGGGCAAAGUAUUACAGUGGCAGUCAACUUUCUGUUUACUUUCAUGGUUGCUCAAACUUUUCUUGCUAUGCUUUGCCACUUCAAAUAUGGGAUUUUCUUCUUUUUUGGGGGAUGGGUGGUAGUGAUGACUGGAUUUGUGUUCUUGCUGUUGCCGGAGACUAAGAACAUGCCCAUAGAGCAGAUGGAUAGAGUGUGGAGGGAGCAUUGGUUUUGGAAGAGAAUUGUUGGGGAAUUGAAUGAAGAUAGAAGGAUGGAAGUGCCAUGAUAAAUGACAUAUUCAUGAUUACCAUUUCAUGUGCAUCUUUUUUCUCUUAUGGUUC